AUGCCCACUGUGCCUAGGACCUUUAAACGUGAAUUAUUGAAUGAAACGCAACAAGCUUAUUUGUCCAUUAUAUCCAAACAAGAUUGGCCAUCAAAUAUAGAACAAGUUUAUCUAGAUGGUAACAAUAUGAUGUUUGUUAUUGACUCACUACGUCGUUUAUGUUUAAAUCGUCAUGGAAAAAAAACAGAACAGAUAAUCGGACAAAUAGCUUCGGCAUGGAAUGAAAAAUUACAAAUUCCGCAUGUUAAUCUAAUAUACGAUUCAACAAAACAAGUCGAAACGAUUGGCACUGUCAAUAUACAAAGUGCACAACCAAAAUAUAAAACAACAGAUGAUAUGCUAGUUGAUUUAGCUAAACAGAAUCAUGGUAAAAAUGAACAUACAAUUGUAGUAACAGCUGAUCGCGCUUUAGCUGCCCAAUUAAAGAAUGAAGGUUGCCAGUUGGUUAAAUCAUAUCACUGGUUUGCGCAUUGUGUUAUGCUAUUGACACCUGAUCUUAUUAAACAAGAUCCAACUGAAAGCAAUACAAGUGUAGAUACAACAACGAAAACGAGAAGACGUCACGAUAAUAAAAAAGAAAAAAUACAUUAUGAUUUUGACGAAUUAGUUAAACGUGUGGCAAAUAUUGACAUAUAA